GUCAGCGAGACCGAGGAGGCCAUGUGCAAGCGGCUGACCUCCCUAGAGGAGCGCCUCGCCGCGGAGCCCGCCGGCACCGACGAGAGGGCGGAGGCCCUGGAACGACUGGUGAGCGAGACGGACGCGGCCAUGGGGCAGCGGCUGCGGGCGCUGGAGCGGCAGAUCGGGGAGGCCGACGUGGACGGGCUGCUGAGCCGCUCGGAGGCGCUGGAGCGGCUGCUGCAGGAAACCGACGCGACGCUGGGGGAGCGGCUGCGGGUGCUGGAGCAGCAGAAGCAGGAGACCGACGCGACGCUUGGGGAGCGGCUGCGGCUGUUGGAGCAGCAGCAGGAGGCCGGCGCGACGCUGGGGGAGCGGCUGCGGGUGCUGGAGCAGCAGAAGCAGGAGACCGACGCGACGCUGGGGGAGCGGCUGCGGGUGCUGGAGCAACAGAAGCAGGAGACUGACGCGACGCUGGGGGAACGGCUGCGGGUGCUGGAGCAGCAGAAGCAGGAGACCGACGCGAUGCUUGGGGAGCGGCUGCGGAUGCUGGAGCAGCAGAAGCAGGAGACCGACGCGACGCUUGGGGAGCGGCUGCGGGUGCUGGAGCAGCAGAAGCAGGUGGCCCUGGCGGCGCCCCCCGGCGUGCUCGACACCUCGCUCCCCGUGGCGCCCUUCCCGUCGCUGCCCGUGCACGGCGACGCGGCGCCAGCGCCGCCGCUGCCCGAGUCUGCGCGAACCGACGUCGAGGAGCCUGGCCGCGCGGGCCUGAGGGCGGCCGCGGUGAGCCCGGAGGGCACCCCGGUCCAGCUCGCCCAGCUCUCCGAGGAGGUCGGUCAGCUCGCCCAGCUCAUCGAGGACACCAUGGGCCAGCUCGCCCAGCUGGCCGACGAGGUCGGGCGCCUGCGGCGGCGCGCGGAGGCCCUCCCCGACGGGGCGCCGGCCCAGCUGGCAGAGCUCUCCGCGGAGGUCGGGCGCCUGCGCCAGCGCCUCGAGGCCGGCGAGGCGGCGCCCGACCAGGUCUCCGAGCUCUCCGAGGAGGUUGGCCGCCUGCGCGAGCGCCUGGAGGCGCUGAGCUCGCAGCCGCCCGCCGCGGCGCCCGUCGAGGGGGAGUCCCUCGACAAGCGCCUCAAGAAGCAGGAGGCGCGAAUCAGCGAGAUCGCCACUCUGCUGAUGGUGCAGCAGGACAGGUUCGAAGAGCUCGAGGGGAAGGUCGAGUGCUGCCUUCCAGAGGCCGUCUCCAUCGGCGUCCUGGAGCAGCGCGUGGCCACGCUCGAGACCUUCCGCGCCGAGAAGCAGGGGGAGGACGACACGCUGGCGCCGCUGCAGCGGCGGGUCCAGAGUCUCGAGCUGGUUGCGCAGGCGCAGGAGUCCGUGGUGCCGGCGCUCCCGUCGCCACUCGGCUCUACGCAUACCGAGCUGGGCGCCGGCGGCCCCCCAGAGGCUGCGGAGCGCCUGGAGAGGGAGGCGCGGGACAGGCAGGAGGCGCUGGCGGACCUCACGGCCAGCACCAAGGCCGCGCUCUCCGAGGCUGCGGAGCGCCUGGAGAGGGAGGUGCGGGACAGACAGGAGGCUCUGGCGGACCUCGCGGCCAGCACCAGGGCCGCGCUCUCCGAGGUGAGGACCGAGCUUGGCACCGUGAUCCAG